UUUCCCUUGGCAACCACUUCCUCCGAGCAUCCGCGGCCACCAUCUUUAAUUCGAAGUCAUUCAUGAAAAGUUGUCUCGGUCAUGUAAGCCCGCGCGAACGGCACGUCCGAGCACCGAGCAGCAUCGAGGGCGCUGUGUGCAUGUAGUUUCCCCGCGACGGGCUCCGAGCCGAGCAGAGCCGAGCAGAGCAGAGCAGAGCAGCGCAGCGCCGCGCGGCAGGGCUGUCCGCCGAGACCAAGUAGACACCGAGAGCGAUGAGAAAGAAGCAGACUGCCAAACAGAGGAAGACUGAGGAGACUACAGUUGUCCAGGAGUUUGUGGUGGAAAAAAUAAUUCGCCGCAGAAUCUCUAAUGGAAGAGUGGAGUACUUUCUGAAAUGGAAAGGCUUCACUGAUGCAGAAAACACAUGGGAACCCGAGGACAAUCUGGACUGUCCUGAGCUCAUUGAAGAGUUCCUGAGGAACACCCACCUGUUGGAGAAGCAUGAGGAACUGCAAACUGAACAAGAAUUUACUCCCAAAGAAGAAAUGACAGAGCAAGAGACGGAAAUUUCCUAUAUGCAGUUUCAGCGGCAGCCUCGCACUUUGCGGGGCGACAGCGACGUCCUUGAGCCAGAUGAUGAGCGGUCAGAUGCCCCCGCUAACCUCAGCACUUACCUCGAGCCAGAAUGCAUCAUCGGCUCCACUGACAGACAGGGAGAGCUCAUGUUCCUCGUCAAAUGGAAGAACUCCGAUGACGUGGCCCUGCUGCCUGCCCGUGAAGCAAGCGCCAGGUGUCCCCAGGUGGUCAUCGACUUCUACGAGCAGAAGCUGACCUGGCACUGUGGAGACGAGGAGCAGUGAAGUGUGUGCGUGUGUGUGUGCGUGUGUGUGUGUGUGUGUGUGUGCGUGUGUGUGUGUGUGUGUGUGUGCGUGCGUUUGUCUACGGAGGAAAACUGGUAAACAGCUGCGCUCUCACCUGAAGCUUAGUUUAACCUCCAUCGAGUGUCCUCCUUCAGCUGACAUUAGAGGCACACUGUGUGAAAUUAUAUCCCGCUGCAGGCAGAGUUUCAGACUCUGGCAGGUGCAAGAACCUCAGAGGGGAUGUAUUUCAAGGGCUCUCGGUCCCAUGCUGCUCAAUAAUGUCACUGUGCCUUUGUGGAGACUGCGAUGGAGACUAGAACUAACCUUUUGUGAAGAGCAGCCGAUUUGGGGUCAGACUAACCUGUAGCAGCUUUGGUCUUGUAGCUGACACAAUCACUGUGGACAUGUGUUUUGUUUUUAAGAUUUAUUGUUCUAUAGUAAUUUAGUAUUUAUAGUCAUGUUUAGCCACAAGGAUCUUCCACUGGGAGGGGUCCUUGGUUGCUUAGUGUGUGUGCUUUAUAUCUUGUAUUGCGACAAUAUUUAGGCAGAGUGAACUAACUGCUGUCCAACCCGUACCUCCAGUCCAUCUAGCUUUUGGUUAGAGCUGAAGAUUGUAGACCUAUUGUUUGAAUGUUUGUUCUUUGAACCUGUAUUGUGUGACGUGUCUAUAGCCACAGCUUUUACUGUGUCUCACUGUGUUGACCCUUGUGGUCAAUGUAAAAUAUUUAAAAAUGUUGCCCACCAGAAAUUUCCCCAAUCAGCUGCUAUAUGUACCAAAUGUUCUCUUCUCAUCUGUACUAAAUUAUAACAGGUUUUUAAAAAAAAAAAUAUUUGGUGCUUUCAAACAAAGUGAAGUCCUGGCAGGAUUACUCAAAAUAUUAUAAUAUGUUAAGUAAAUCUAUAAGAUUUACACACAUUGAAAAAUAACUUGGUCACCUAACGAUGGCUAAUAAGAUUGUUAAAUGUAGCACUUUAGAUUUGAGACUGUCCAAUUGUGGAGGGCAUUGUCUUCCAUUAUACAGGCCCAUGUACAUAAUACCUGUAUGCUGAUGGCACUGUCCUGACUUGACAUAUCUCCCAUGACUGUUAUGGGACACUCAGCUGAACCUUCAACCUCCUGAAACACUCCUGCUACUGAACUACUGUAGCUGUUGACCAUGGAUCUGUGAAGUCUCUGUGAAUAAAGAAAACCUUUUGUGACACUU